CAGAGUAGGGGGAGAGUUUGGCUGUUGAAAGUGCGCCUGAUUUUCCAGGUCGGCCUGUGUAUAGCGGGGAGAGCUGGACGCUGCAGGUUAUUAAUUCAGCGGUGCCCGGCAACGCGCGCUUCAUGGAUUCUGUAUCUUCUCUCUCGUUGCGUACGCGAUUCUACGGGGAGACGUUUGCGCUUGCGGAGCUUUGAGUCUCUGCCUUUGAGGCGACGUCGUUGCAGAGCGAGCUUGUAUACCCAAUCGGAGAAGGGAAAGCUCGAUGAAGCGCCUCUUCGCUAGAUCUAAUCUAUGCUCUCGAUGUUAGCUCGCUGAGUAUACUCGAAUUCGAUUACGUCGUGCACACAGACUCGGGCGAUGCGCGAAAAUGCCUCUCCCAAUAUUUUCCGACGUCUUGCGCGUACGUGCAACGCGAAACAGCCCCCCACUCUCGGGGGAAACAAGAAAGGAACGGCCGCGAGUAGGGGGAAUCAUCGCGCUGGCAACAGGCAGAUUGACUUUUCGCGUUUUCCCCGGCGCAUCAGCGAGCAGAAGCGAUCGAUAGGUUAACCUCCGAUGUGCGUUGUACGGUGUAGUACGCGCCUUUCAAAGCAUCGUUUUAACCUCCAAAAUCAUGGUCCACGGCGGUUUCCCGGGCUCGGCCCUGCUGACGCAGCUCUUCCGUCAGCUGACCAAACCGGCCUCGCAGCGGAUCGUCGACUACGCGGCGCGUCACCCGAGCUUCCGACGAUACCUCCUCUUGGCGCCGGGCCGACUGUACCACAGGCUCGAGAGCCACCUGGAGCGACUGAAAGCUGCGCCGAUGGUCGCCUCGAAGGCCGAGAAGAAGCCGAAGGUCAAAGCCUUGAAGGACGAGGAAGCCGCGAUGCUCGGCUCGCAACUCAUGAUCGAGAUCGUCAUAUUCGCACUGCUGGCCUUAAUCCUCACCUGCGACUGGCUGCGCUCGCAGCGCAAAUCCGCGCUGGAGGAGGACCGACGUCGGGCGGAAUUCGCGGAACUCGAGCGUCAAAAGUCCGAGGCUCGCGAGCGCCUGGAAGCCCUCGAGCUGGAAACCGAGCUGCUGCGCGCUCGACUGCUCGAGGGACAGAAGCAGCAGCAGCAGGAACCGGAGGAGGAAAAACGCUCGGCCCGAGCGUUCACGGAUUGAUUAAUUCAUUCGGCGCUCUGGCUUUGAGAGAUGCAAGAUUUAUGACGGAAGAUUUGAAGAGGGCAGAAGGAGAGGGAUGAGAGCGGAAUAAUUGAGAGGGCAGCGUACGUGGGCGAUCGAUGAAAACGCUGUAUACCACGUCCAAUUGCCUAAAACGCAGGGAAAAAAGAGAGCCGGGCGCAUACGUCCGCGCCAUUAAGCAAUCAGCACAGAGAGAGAGAGAGAGAGAGAGGCGCGCGGUGUGCUAACGCAAAUAGACAACACAAAGAGAAUAGCCGAGCGAGCGAGGAAAGUUGGCGAAAUGCCGCAGGCUGCAGUGCUGUGCAGCCGAGCCUCCGCGCGCACGACAAACCGCAUCCUAAUCGAAGUCGAUGGACUGGCUGCGCUAAGUGCACGAUGUAGCUCGCUACGUGUGUUUUGUACGGCUGUCGCGAGUGCAUUGUUUUGAUUGUACGUUAAUCCGUACGGAAUAAUAAAGCGCAUUCCGAAA